AUUCAAAAUAGAAGGUAUUAUAUCAAGCCAUGGAGCACCAAAGGCUCAACAUCAUUAGGAACUUCCUCAAGCCAGGCUUGACAAACUUCAAAUUCCCUAGCCUUGUGAGGUAAAGCAUGAGCAACCCUAUUACCCUUUAACAUGUGAAAAAAUCACACUUCACAUGUCCUGAAGGAGCUAAGCAAGGAUUAUUUUUUUCUGCAGAAAAUAAAUAAUCGUGGCUGAGUCCCCUUGGAAGACCACAUCUGAAACACCAAUUUCAAUUUCCUGGGCAAAGCGAAGAGCACAGCACGGCAACAAGCCAAGGCUUCAAACUCUUCAAACGUAUAAACCUUAUUGGGAACUUCUUUGCACAAACAAUUAAAGUAAGGUGGAUUUGAGCAGCCCGGCCCAACAUUUUUAGCAGAUUCAAGCAACAACCUAUAUAUAUUUUGUACUAAUCAUUUAACAAUUUACCAAAGUGUAAAAUUUCUUUGAGUCUACUUUCUCUUAGACCUUCCUAGUUGCGUUCCAACCCCCACCAAAAAAAAAAAAAAACGUUGUGGCGAGCCCAUGUGAGGUGUUGUGUUAGGGUUUAGGGUAACAAAAUUGUGAAUUUUAUUGUUAAAAAAGAAAAGGCAAAAAAAGCCAUAGAAGGGAAGGGUUUCGGUUUGCUGUGGGUAUUUGGCUGCCAAAGGCGAUAUUGGAAGGGAAGGGAGGCAUCAGGCAUGGCAUCAACGCCAGUUGAGGUUCAAAAAGUUUUGCAUAUGAUGUUUGCGUUCUACUGCAAAUCAAGAGGAAUCUUGAGAGAUUCUUCUUAUCAUGGAAAAAAAAAGUUUUUAAUUUAUGGUACCUCAAGUGGUGUCCAUAAUUCAUCAUGGAAACCAAGUCAAAAGCACCUAUAUACAGUAAAUAUAAAUGCUGCAGUGCAGAGGUACCGAGCAAACUUGGGAAAAAAAUUGGGCGGCACGGGAUUUGUAGUCCGUGAUCAGGAUUACUUCCCAAUUUGUUGUGGGUCGUCAUGGACUAUCAAUGACAAUGAAGAAGUUCUUGACUUAGAUGUGAAGGCUGCAUAUAGAUGGGGAAAGUUGAUUAUUGAUAGGUAUAAAUUAAAUGACUUUAAUAUUCAAAUGGAUUCAAAUUACAUUCCUGCUAAACUCAGUCGGAAUAAGAAAUACAAAGAGACUAAAGUUGACCAAACUUUGAAGAUGAUUAGAUCCAAGAUGCUUGAGGAAAAGGAUUGCAACAUUGAGUUUGAGUGGAUUAGUAGUCAUAUCAACACAGUGGCUGAUUCUUUUGCAAAAUUAGGAUGUGACAUCCACUUUGCAAAGGAAAAUGGAGGUGACUUAACGAGAGUUCUACCUUCACAUGAGUUUUAUGAUUUGACAGACUACCCUAAAUGGAGUGGGGAUGAUGAAUAUGGAUUUUCGGAGUUUUUUGAUGAGUCAACGUAUGUAACUUGGGAUGGAGAAACCGGAUAUCCAGCUGGUUUUAAAGAAGUUUUGUUCAAUAGUUUUAGGAACAAAAUUAUUAUUCCAACUGAUACAUCGGGAGAUGCUACUACCAUCACAUUUCCGGAAUUCAAUAUUGCCGACCCAAUUGGAAAACAAAUUUUGGGAAACAUUGAUGUCUUGGCAAGCCUCAUUACAAAUAAGGAGAUUUCGAGGUUGAUAAUUCAAUUUUGGUGCAAGGAGGAAGAUAAUCCAAGAGAAGAAGUUUUAGUGGAUGUUAAUCAUCUACACAAAGAGAAAGAGAAGAAUCCAGUGAACGAUUUGUACAACCUGUUGGAAAGCUUCCAGAUCCAAAAGGAGAAAACUACUGCUAUGCCUUUUACUGAGGGUGUGCUUAAAUUAUAUGCUCAGUAUACGAAGAGCACAGACAAGAUAAAUUCUGACAUCAAACACUCAGUAUUGAGCCCAAUAGUUGAGUUUCAUAGGAGGUGGAAGUAUUUUGGUUCUGUCGCCUAUCAAAUCACGAUAACCACUCAGUUGCCAGAAUCAGAGGAUGACCUUCAUCGGUUUGAAGCAUACAAAGAGAAGUUACAUGACCUACCUAUUGUGGGUGAUCAAGACAGUAGAUACGUCACUCAUAUAAACACAAUAGGCAGCCUAAAAUCUGUAACUUCGACAGCUCCUGCCUUUUUUGGAAUCAAAGUCACAAAGACGGCAUUUGAACUUUUCUCCAAAACACAAUUGGUGUGGAAUUCAGAGAAAAAGUGCAUGAUAUCACCUUUAACCACAGACCAGCAAGCUUGGAAAAAGGCAAAAGAGAAACCAUCAGGCCCAGGCGCUUUAUCCCCAUCCAUGUUUCGGAGAGCCUGAAGGAUCUCUUCCUUCUCAAACUGUCACUCCAAGUGAGCUGCACUAGCUCUGUCAAUGGAAUUGAAAGGCAUCCUAUCUAAUUUUGGUGGCCAUGGUUCCAUUUCCUGAUACAGAUCCUUAUAGAACUGCCCCACAAUUUCCUUAAUCACAUCUUGAUCAUUGGUGAUAUCUUCACCCACUUUAAGACUACCAAUAUGAUUGUACCUGUGAUGCGAAUUGGCCAGACGAUGAAAAAAGGAUGUAGUCCUAUCCCCUUCCUUCAACCACAGUGCCCUGGAUUUUUGUUGGUAGCUGAUUUCCUCCAUAACAGAAAAUUUUGCAGCUCUGUCUUCUUUGCUGCCCUCUCCAAUCUUUCUUCCUCAUGAAAGUAAUUUGUGUCCUCCAGCCGGUCCAUCUCUCUGAUUCCCCCGAAAUUUGAUUUUUUUUGUCUUGUCACAUCUCCAAUAUUUUCUUUGCUACAUGUCCUCAAAUCAAACUUUAGAGAUUUGAACCUUCUGAUUUCGUCCACAUAUUCUCAAACUUAAAAGAACUAUUUCCUCUGCUAAAUUACUGUCCAGCAAUACAGGAAUGUGAUCUGACACAGCCCUUGGAAGUAGCCUCUGACUCAAACCAGGGAAAUGGCCGUCCCAUUUUGGAGAUACCAAAAAUCUAUCUAGGCGAGACAUAGAAGGUGGGGUAUGAUUAUUCGACCAGGUAAAACUACCCCCUUCCAGUGGAAAAUCUAUCAAAGCAUGAUCUGAAAUAAAUUCAGAAAAAUCUCCCAUCCCUGAACUGAUUCUUGUAGCUCCCUUCCUCUCGGCGAUUCCCCAUGGUAAAGACAGCCAGCUGUGUACCCCUGCUAGUUCCUCCCACAAGAACUUCCUGGCUAAAUCAUUAGAAGUUCCAUACACCCCUGAAAAUAUCCAUUUGAAACCAUCUGCCACAUUCUGAAAUUUGCAAGACACAACACACUCUCCUGCUGCCUCAUCAUCUUUUUCAAUCACUCUUUUAUCCCAUUUUUGCUUCUUGGAGACAUAUAUAACAUCAACCCUCCAACCUCUUAGCAAAUUACAUACUUGCAAACGUGUCUCCUUAUCAUUGAAACCUUUCUCCUCUUAGCAGAUAUACUAUGUAUCCUAUUGUAAAUGAAUCAGUUUUUGGGUGAGGGUAUAUGUUGUUAUUAAGCUAUUGUAGUUUUUUCCAUAAAAAAGAAAAAAAGGAAAUAGAAGAAACUAUUGUAGUUUCAUAAAAAACAAGAAAUGGAGGCUGGUCGUAACAGCACUUCAUGGUAAUUCUUGUGUGUAACUUUCAUAUGAUACAUAAAAUUUCCGCAAGUCUAUAAGCCAUCCUUAUUCCUCCUAAAUAAUAUCAUUUAUGCCGAGUGUAUUAGGAAAUCAUUCUCAAAUAUUAAACAAGUUGGUAGGAGCAUGUUGUCCAUUGGAUUUAAACAAUUUCAAAUCAACAAGUUUUCAAUUAUAUGAUGCAUAGCAGCUCCAUGCGCAUGCAUAGCUCAAAUAGAAGUAUCACCAUUUGCAAUACUAGAAGCAUCUAUAUACUUCUCAAAAAAAAAAAAAAAAAAAAAAUACUAGAAGCAUCUAUUUUGAAAAUCUUUUUCAGUGGAUUAAAGAAUACUAUGAUUGGAUAGAUUUUUGAAGUUGUUGAUAUUGAUGAAAUUAUGUAAUUGUUGCACUUUCCAUCUUAUGGUAUUUAUAAUUCAUACUUCAUACACAUCUUACUGGUCACUAUAACCAAUAUUAUUUCUUAUGCAAUUAUGCCACAGCUAAAUGAUUUUUUUGUUUCCUUCCACUAGGACUUAUGCCCAAUUGGUUUCUUUUCAGGAUUGGAAACUUGAUCAAAGAAUGAAAUGCUUAAGGAUCUUUAAGCCAUUUUGCUAUCUUAAUUAUUAAAAAUUGUCUUCUUCCAUAUUAGAUCCAUGUUUUCUGCGUUUAAGAAUUGAAGCAUAAAUGUGUUAGAUGAUGUUGUUAUCCUGUGCAGUUUUAAUGUCUGAAAUUGUGGCUAUAUAUGUUUUGUGAGAUUUGAAGUUUAAACCAACCAAAUGCCAAGUUCAGUGACCACCAACUUCUUUUGUAUAUAUGAGAUAUUGAACUCAUUUUCAUGGAUUUAUCACUAAAGCCUUUGAUUUAUUUCUCCUGGGUUAGAUUAAGUUCGAAUAAUCAUAUGUGAUCUAUUAUAAUCUCUAUGUUUCUUUUGUGAAUGGUAAAAUUGAUGAAUUUAAUUCAGAUCAUGGAGAGUUGGUCAGUGAAAAUGAUACUAAUUACAGUAGCGAGCUUGAAGAAGGCUGCAAUAUCAAUUACGGGACUGUGGCUGAAGAGAAUUUGAGUGAGCUCUAGUUCAUCUUCGACAGCACGAGGUUUUGUUUGGGGGUCUAGAACAGCUAUUCUUUUGGAGCCAAUUUCACACGAUUCCUCAUGAUCACUAAAUAGAACCCAUUUGGAUUUGGCUGAAUCGCCCAGAAAAUUGUGGAAAAGUCAAAAAAAUUGGUCUGAGAAAAGUUUGGAAGCCAAAGCCCACCGCAAGAUGAUGGGGGUUGAACAACCAUCAGCUUGGAUUUGAGAUAAACAAAACGUGAUGAGGACAAUCCUUUGGUAAAAAUAUCAGCAACCUGAUCAAGGGUAAAGAUGAACUUGACUAUGAUGUCACGAUUGACUACCUUCUUGCUAACAAAAUGCACAGGAGCUACCUUAAGAGGAAUCUGAAUUUCUUGAAACAACAUUCGCAACCAGCAAAGUUCAGCUGUGGUGAUGGCUCAGGAACGAUACUCAGCUUCAGUACUAGACUGGGAAACAACAACUUCUUUCUUAGUACUCCAAGAAAUAAGACAAUCUCCAAGGAAAACUGAAAAUCCGGAAGUAGAGCGUCGAUUAUCAAGGCUACCAGCCCAAUCCGAAUCACAGAAGGCAUUAAGUUGGAGAGAACCUUUAGAGUACAACAACCCAUGAUCAGGUGUACCCUUAAGAUAGCGUAAUACACGCUUUGCAGCUAAUAAGUGAGUUGAAGUUGGAGCAUGUAGAUGCUGACAAAAUUGAUUAACUGAGAAAGCAAUCUUUGGACGAGUGAAAGUACAAUAUUGUAAGGAGCCAACAAUAUGCCGAUAUACAGUAGGAUCAUUUAGUAAGUCACCAUCAUAUUUAGAGAGCUUAGAGGUAGAAGAACAAGGUGACUUGGAAGGUUUUGCAUCAGCCAUGUGAGUGCGAUGGGCCUGGAAGAAAUUUUAUCAUUUAAGAAAGUUGAAGGGAAACUCAUAAAUAGCUAUUCCUUUAUUACUGGGAGAACUUUGACAUGGUUUCAUUGCUAAAAGUACACUGUGAAAUGCAGUCCAAGGUGGCAUCAAGAAUCGAGGAUCUGUAUCCAGACAGGGAAGAGGCUACAAAGCAAAUAUUUGGUUCAGUGCAGUGUGUCAAAAAUGUUUGUUGAACUUGGCCACAACAAAUCUGAUGCAUCAUGUGACUGGUGGUUGCAAAAUGGUUAAGGUGAAUAAUGGUAAGUGAGUACAUGCUCUGGAACCUGUUAGAAAGAUGCACAUUAAUGAGUUUAUAACACUUUGGAGAAAGAAUCAGCAAGAAAAAGAUUCACUGGAAUGGGCAAAGAAGCUAUUGGAGCAUUCAAUAAGGUAGUUUACAAGUGAAUUGCUUCAGGGCCUACCGAAUUGCUUAACACCCUUAUAUUACUGAGAAAUUUCAGAACAUGUGAUCUAAAAAUUUAAUGUAAUAAAUUACCAUGGAGAGUUGAUCUUGAUGUUUCCAUUUUGUCUACUGUCUAGCAGACUAGCACUACUAUAUGUGCAUUCUGUAUAUGCCAUAUGGCAAGACAGAACAGUCAAAGACUUCAAAUCUAGUUGCCAAUGUGGUAGCAAUGCUUGAUUUCAUUAAGCUACAGCUAUAGGAAUGAACUGUAAAAAAAUUUAAGUCUAGCUGCCAAUGUGGCAAUGUUUGAAUUCAUUAAGCUACAGGUAUAAGAAUGAUGUGGGAAUGAUAAGAUACUACCUUAUUAGUUGU